AUGCCGGAGCAGCAACGGCCAUAUCGCUCCCACAAAAUCCCCGCUUGUGAUCGCUGUCGCCGAUUCAAGCGCCGAUGUACCGGCGGAACUCCAGAACGGCCAUGUGUGCUGUGCAACCUGCAGGAGGUGCCUUGUACAAUAUCCACAAAACCUAAAUCGCCGUCUAGCUCUCGUUCCAGAGUGAAAUAUGUUCAACGACAUGUUCAACCGCCAAAAAUUGCACCUUCCACUACCAUCCAUACCAUGCCUUCACCCGCCCUAGCUGAUGCGGAAGUAGGCCAAGAACAUAUAGGGCGGGCUUAUCAUGGCUCACCGGGCCUAGAUCAAUCCAAAGUCGAGCUAUCCAUGUUUGCUAGCCCGGUCAUCUCGGAAGAUAUACAGAUCUUGGAGCGAUACAUGUCUUCUAGCUCUAGCUCCCUAUCCUCCGUAGGGAGAAGUGGAUCAUCGGAUAUCCCGCCGGUAUACCUCCGGGCUCCCCGGCGGAGAGAAGGACUGUCUAUGGCAACGGACCCUGGGAAGCGACAGAAGGAGAUUGUAAUGCAAGUCCUACAACCUUAUACAGAUGAAAUGGUCAGAUUGUAUUUCGAGGAGAUCCAUCCGGCGUUCCCUCUCCUAGACGAACAAUUAUUCAUGGAACUAUACAAGGUUGGUGACAAGCUAUCGCCCGUCCUUGUCUGCUAUUUCCUUGCCAUGUGCUUGCUCCUUUGGCAUCAGUCACCUCUCCUGAGGCAGUUUCCAAAGCCGGACACAUUUUUCAUAUGGAACCUCGCUGUCGAGGCUUUACAACAGGACUUCCUAGCCCCGACAAUGUCAACCAUGUACUCGGUGCUAUUGGAUUUAACGGGACGGCCUAUCUAUUCCAUGCUCGUGAACACCGUCAACAACGGCCGGGCGGUUACUCUCGCUCAGACCCUAGGAUUAAACCGCGAUCCGACUCAUUGGAGGCGGCCCAAGAGCGAGAAAUCAUUGCGCAUCCGCCUCUGGUGGGCAGUCGUCAUUCACGAUCGCUGGUCAAGCUUUGCCCAUGGCAUCAGUCCCACUAUAACCAAAUCUCGAUACGACGUUCCCAUCCCGGUGCUCUCGGACAUUAUCACCGGCCCAACCCAAUCGGACACGCGCAUCAAAGCCGCAAACUCGUUCAUAUACCUAUGCACUCUAUCAGAGAUCCUAGGAGAAGUCCUACCCCUAGUCUACGAUCUGAAUAUCAACCAAAAAGAGAUCCGGAAACAGAUCCGACGCCUCGAAACAGACCUCGACGAAUGGGAAGACCGCCUUCCCAGCUACCUCCGUCGAGACAGCGAAGAAACCCCAAGAGUAUCCGGAUCAAGCAAUCUACAACUCGGAUACCUCGCCGUUCGAUUAUUGCUCAACCGGAUCUCUCUGCACGUUACAACCUUAUCAACAGACAUCGACCGUCUCCAAACAACCCGCUACCACCUCUCCCAACUCCGCAUUUCCGCCCAAGAAAUCGUCACCUACGUCUGCUCCCUCACCAAAGCCCAAUUACAGGAAUUCUGGCUUCCUUAUACAGCCCACCAUCUAAUCCUAACCGUAAUCAUCCUCCUCCGCUGCACCGUUGAAUCAACCGACAAAGCCAUAAUAUCAACCUGCAAAACAAGUCUCCAGAACCUCUGGACGAAGCUCCAAUCAGCCGCCGAGGACGGCUGGGAUCUAGCCACCAUGUGCAUCUCGCAGUGCAAGGAGUCCGUGGUGAAGGUUCUUGAUGGUUCUGUUUCGGACAUGAAGGGGAAUAAGAGUGUUGCUGGUGAGUCGCUGCAGGAGGAUUAUGGGAGGGUAGUUCCUGCUCAAGACGAUGGGAGGAGUCCCGUGCUGAGCGGAGGGGAGCUGUUGCCGGAUAUUCUGCCUUUUUCAAAUCCGGAUAUCUCGUUUGAUAAUCAGUGGGAUGUGGGGUUGUGGUAUGGGCAUGGGUGGUUGGGGAUGGAUGGGUUUGGGGCUUGUGAGGUGGGGGGCCAGGGGGGUUUAGAGUAG